GAGAGAAGUUACUUCUCUCUCGUGGAUUAACUUUUGGGUUCAAAAACUUUUUCCUGUUCGUAAGGUGUUUGAUGAAAUGUCUGAAACAGGAGAAUAAGCAAUCAACAAUUGUUAGAAUAGUUUGUGAUGGAAAAUCACUUUCAAAGAUAAAAAAGAUGAGUAAUCCAGACCACGAUGAAGACGAUCAAGGCGAGGUUUUCCUUGAUGAAUCUGAUAUCAUACAUGAAGUCACAGUUGAUGAUGAAGAGCUUCCUGAUGUGGAAGACGAUGAAAAUGAUUCUGAUGUUGAAAAUGCAGAUCAACCUGAUGAUUCAACGCACAUAUUCACUGGUCAUACUGGUGAAGUUUAUGCAGUUGCAUGCAGCCCAGUGGAUGCUACACUUGUGGCAACUGGAGGUGGAGAUGACAAAGGGUUUCUUUGGAGAAUUAAUCAAGGAGAUUGGGUUUCUGAGAUAAAAGGUCAUAAAGAUUCCGUGUCUAGUUUGGCUUUUAGUAUGGAUGGGCAGUUGCUUGCUUCAGGAGGCUUUGAUGGAAUUGUUCAAAUCUGGGACACAUCAUCCGGAGAACUCAAAUGUGCUCUUGAUGGACCUGGAGGGGGCAUUGAGUGGGUCAGAUGGCAUCCAAGGGGACAUCUAUUAUUGGCUGGCUCAGAGGAUUCCACUAGUUGGAUGUGGAAUGCGGAUAGAGGUGCCUAUCUCAAUAUGUUCUCAGGUCAUGGUAGUAGCGUGACUUGUGGUGAUUUCACCCCUGAUGGUAAAAGAAUCUGUACUGGUUCCGAUGACGCAACUUUGAGAAUAUGGGAUCCAAAAGGUGGGGAAAAUCAAGUCAUAAAAGGUCAUCCAUAUCAUACUGAGGGGUUGACAUGCUUAACCAUAAGUCCUGAUUCAACGCUUGUUCUUUCUGGUUCAAAGGAUAGUUCGGUCCAUUUGGUCAAUAUUACAACUGGAAAGGUUGUAAGUUCUCUGGCAUCUCAUACAGAUUCAAUUGAAUGUGUUGCAUUUGCCCCGAGUGCACCAUGGGCUGCAACAGGUAGCAUGGAUCAGAAACUGAUUAUUUGGGAUCUGCAGCAUUCAUCUCCCCGCUACACUUGUGACCAUGAGGACGGAGUGACUUGCUUGACUUGGCUUGGCAAGUCCAGAUUUCUAAUUUCAGGUUGUGUAGAUGGGAAAGUACGAGUAUGGGAUAGUCUCUCCGGUGAAUGCGUUAGGAUAUUCAGUGGGCAUACUGAUGCCAUACAGGCUCUUUCCUUAUCUGCCGAUCAGGGGUUCGUCAUUUCAGUGUCUGUUGAUGGAACUGCAAGAGUGUUUGAGAUUGCAGAGUUUCGAUAAUGUCAGAGACGGAACCAAUACAGAAAGAUAAUUGUGAGUUUGAAGGACUUGUUUGGCCACAGAAUCAGAAGAAAUGACUAUGGUGGUUAUUAGGGACGGCAAUUUGGGUCUGAUUUUAGGGGUUCUGACCCUCUCUAACCCUAAUAGGGAAGGGAUUUCCCAAUAGAAACGGAAAUGAAAAUGGGGAUGGGGAUGAAAAAAAUUUUCACAAUCGGGGAUGGGUCUGAGAUGGGGAUACAUGUGUCCUGAAGACUUGAUUUCAGAUAUAUGGCUCAAACAAGUUUUUCUAUAUCUCUUAUUAUUAAUUUCAUAUUUAAUUUGAUAUAAGAAUUCAGUAUUUAUAUUC